UGAAUUCCUGUUUGAACUGCCUGACUGGUGAGUUCUUCUCUUCUCUCAGAGACCAAAUGGCUUCCAGCUCAGAGGAGGAUCUCUGCUGUCCUGUCUGCCAGGACGUCUUUAAAGAUCCUGUCCUCCUGUCAUGCAGCCACAGCUUCUGUAGAGCCUGUCUGCAGAGCUGGUGGACAGAGAAACCAAUAAAAGACUGUCCAGUUUGUAAGAGAAGAUCUUCAAGGAGUGAUCCACCUCGUAACCUGGUGUUGAAGAACCUGUGUGAGGCCUUCUUACUGCAGAGAGAUCAGAGAGCUUCAGCAGGGCCAGAGCUCCUCUGCAGUCUGCACUCUGAGAAACUCAAGCUCUUCUGUCUGGACCAUCAGCAGCCAGUGUGUGUCGUCUGUCGAGAUUCAGAAACUCACACCGACCACAGAUUGAGACCCGUCAACGAAGCUGCACGAAACCACAAGAAGGAACUUGAGGAAUCACUGAAGCCCUUCCUGGAGAAACUGGAGCUCUUUAAUGAAGUUAAAGCAAACUGUGAUGAAACAGCAGAGCACAUUAAGGUCCAGGCCCGACGCACAGAGAGGCAGAUUAAGGAGGAGUUUAAGAAGCUUCACCAGUUUCUCCAAGAGGAAGAGGAGGCCAGGAUUGGCGCUCUGAGGGAGGAAGAGGAGCAGAAGAGUCGGACGAUGAAGGAGAAGACGGAGGCUCUGAGCAGAGAGAUGGCAGCCCUUUCAGACACAAUCAGAGCCAUAGAGAAGGAGCUGAGAGCUGAAGACGUCUCAUUCCUGCUCAACUACAAGGCUACAGUGGAGAGAGUCCAGCGCCCCCUGCUGGAGGAUCCACAGCUGCUCUCAGGAGCUCUGAUAGACGAGGCCAAACACCUGGGCAACCUGAGCUUCAGCAUCUGGGACAAGAUGAAGCAGGUGGUCUCCUACACUCCUGUGGUUCUGGACCCCAACACUGCCAACACAGAGCUCAUCCUGUCUGAAGAUCUGACCAGCGUGAGACGAGGAGAUGGACAGGAACUUCCUGACAACCCAGAGAGGUCUGGGGCUGUCCAGGGAUCUGAGGGCUUCAGCUCAGGGACUCACAGCUGGGAUGUGGAGGUUGGAGAAAACACAAGCUGGUUCCUGUCUUUGGUAGGACGCACCAGAGCAUCAGAGUUCAUCCGGUAUGAAGAGGACGAGGAAGAGGAACGAAUUUCCCUCUGGGGGACAAAUAAAGUAUGA